UUGCGGUGGGGAAGGAUUGGUUCCCUUCUAUUGACUAAUGCCGAUGGCUGUUGUCUGUUGUUGGAGUUUACGGUGCAUUUCGUCGAUUUGUUAGCAAUUUAUGGCAUUCCUGGUCAACGAAAUGCCAACCAAAAGCUCCGUACAUGCUGUCGACGUCUGAAAUCGGCCGAUAUCGAAUGUCGUCGACGUUACUGCGAUUUUAAUGCACUUCGUCCAGAAAUGGUGAUCGGCUUCAUGGCUCAAUGUGCUCCACGAGGGCCCACCGUCGGUCAGAUGUGGGACUGUGCCUCCUCCCGAUUCGACCAUAGACCCUGUUGUCGUCAGCAAGCGGUGAUCGAACAGUGCUUGGUGUACUGUGAGACGACGAACGGAGUACCGACCGAUUACUUGAAGUACAUCGUGUGCCUCGGUCAAUUCGAUAAGAUUCGUACGUGUUUUCGCCAGCAUCUCGAAACUCACCCUAACCUCUACGGCGAUUCCUAA